AUGUCGAACCUGAAGAGGUUCCAUGACCUCAAAGAUGGCUCCGUGAUCCUCUGGGACAUUCGGGAUCUAAACCAGAAAGAACACAAAACGUUGCGUGUGAACAUCGAAUUUGACUACGCGUCCCACGUCGCCUGGAGCCCUGACUCGAAAGCGUUUAUCGUUCACACCGUGCGGGACAAUCACAUCAUUGUCUACAAGAUUGAGAAGAAAAAGGAUGGCACCAUAGGGUCAGCGACGCCGGUCAUCACCUUUGAUAAGGUUCAUGAGACUGAUGCAGUUGGUUUCGACAUAUCCAGCAAUGGCAAGUUCAUGAUGUCGUGCUCGUCUAACAACGAUAUGGUGAUUUGGGACCUGAAGGGGCAGCAGCUGGAGCGGCACGACACGUACCUGAUGACGACACACACUGCCAAAGUUUCACCUUGCGGCCGCUUUGUCGUCGCGACGGGCUUCGCGCCCGACGUCAAAGUGAUGGAGGUGUGCUUCACAAAGACUGGGGAGUUCAAACAAGUGACAAAGGCGUUCGAGCUAACCGGCCACUCUUCGGGCGUCUACGACGUCGCCUUCGACGUGGACACGUCACACAUCGCGACUAUAUCGAAGGACGGCACGUGGAAGCUAUAUCAUACAAAGAUCGAAUACACUCGUGGAGAGUCCCCACACGUGUUGGAGACGGGCACAUACCGUCAGACGGCGAACCCGCCGCACAUAGCACUCUCACCAAACGCCGAAGUAUUGGCCGUCUCCGUAGACUCCAGCGUCGAAUUCUACGACACCUACACGGGGAAACUUUACGAUACCGUCGAGAAUGUUUAUUCUGGAUUAAUCAACUACAUGAAAUUUGAUGCAAGCGGAAAGUAUCUGUUUGUUUGCGGUGAUCGCGCUGUCCGUAUACUCCAUAAUGUAUGCGGGUACCAUACUACGAUAGCGAGCUGCAUCAGACUCCAGGGAACCAAACAAACUUCAGCUACUAUAGAGAGACAGAAAAAGACAAUCGAGGAAUGCAAACAGGCCCUCGCACAAUUCGGAAAGUAACGCCAUCUAUGAUUUACACGACAAACUAUCUCGUCAGAAAUGCAUUUAUUAUUUGUUCGUAAUACUAUUAAUAUAUUUGUAUAAUUUACGUAUCCUUCUGGUUUGUGCAAUUUCUAAUUCAUUGUCCUUGUUGCCAACAUGUGGAUAUUUCAAUGAAAUUGAAGAUGAUGUUAAGAAUUAGGAUAAAUUAUGAAUGACCGGAAUUAAAAAAAACGAUAUGAUUUUGCUCAAUAUUUUAGCUAGUUUUAUUUUCCUCGGACAUUGGCAACAUUGACGAUAACGAAUUAUGUUUACAUAAUAAUAUGAUUAAAAUAAUGAAUGAAAUGAUUAGUUUAUAUUUUGAAGCAAUUGACAUUUUUACGUGUUGAUCUCGGCCCGGGAGUAUUGUCAAAAUUUACCUUUAGAGUAAACGUAAGAAUUGCAUUUAUACAUGCGAAUUUUGUAAAACUUCGUAUUGCAUGACUGAACCAAUAUGUUACGUGUAUUUGGGUAACAGCAGUGGUAAUUUGCAUGUCAAUUAUAAUUAUUACUGCUAUUGUAAGACCACUACAUAAUGUGAUAAACAUUAUAUAAUAACGUAACAGACAGUAAUUUUAAUUUUAUGUUUAUGUAUUACACUCCUAUAUAUUAUGGUUCCUAAUCUUAAGAUCUACACGUCCUUACAUGGUUCCUUAUACAGGUAUAAUAUCGCCUUUAUAUGAAAAAAAAAACAAUCAAAAAGUUGUUCACUUCAGGACCCAUUUUUUAUUCAACGUGACCGUUGUGUCGUUGUACCAAAUAAAGUUCAAAUGACAAACCGCCUAUUAUAAACCAAUGCUCAAUUCUUAAAUAAAUAGUGUUUUAACAUGGGCGUCUCUGGCAGCAACAAAAAUUACUCUUUUUCGAGUAUAGGGAUAGUUUAGGACAGGUCUUGUCUAAGACUGUUUGAAAAAUCUCAAAACAUAGACGUAAUAGAAAAAAAAAAUACAUUCCUUAACCUUCAUUAUGUCACACCUCACAGAAAAGACAUUACUGGGCUAGGCUGGAGGUCUAAAUAGUAUAAUAAUAUAAGUUUUGGAAAGGACUUUAAUAAAUUUGCUUUUAAAUACUUAAUCCUGGCGGCGCCCAUGUAUAAAACAGUAAAUAAAGUAAUAACUGUAAAAUGUAAUAGUGUAAUCAUUAACUUUAUGUGUAAUCCUAUCUACAUCUUUUUGUACUGGCAAUGUAACAUUUACAUACAUUCUGAGGACAGAGUACAGUAGGUAUAAUAUUGACAACAGAGUGACAUUGCGAUGCCUGGAAAUGUCGAAAUUCCUGAAGUGUUAACAAUUUCACCUAGAACCGGGGUCAGGUUUCAUAAUGGCCGCAUCAUAGUUCAAGUGUCUUAACGCAAAUAAGUACAAUUUGUAUUGUUAUUGAUGGCGGACGCUGUGUGACGUGGCCCUGCGUGAUCGUAUAUUACAAUUAAGUCAAGGAACUGAGUAAGGUUAUUUUUUUAUAAAAUAUUUCAUGCACACGUUUACGUGCAACGUUCGGUGUUUUCUCUCAGUGAUAAUCUCUCUGUAUUUAGUUAUAACUGAUUUAUUUUUCAAUAAAAUUAUAUGUUUUUAA